AAUAAGCAUUCUGCAAAACUUACUUCGACUUUAUUGAUUCGAUCGAAAUAGAAAUCAAUAGACGAGACGCGAUAAAGCCACUUCCAAGCAGUUGGUUAAUCAAGUAUAAUCGAGCUGAUUAUUUUCUUAAAAAUUGUAUCAAUUCAAACAUUUAAAUAAAAAUGAAACUUUUUUGUUUUUUAAUAUUAUUUUUCUUUGUACACGUUUCGACAAAUCGACUAACGGAUUAUAAAAGAGAAAUUUGCAUUACAAACGCACAAAUCAAGCUUGCUGGUGAUAUGGAUAUUAAAGUUGGUGAUACAAUUGCUGGAUAUGGAGUGGAAAAAGUAAUUAAAGAAAUCGUUAAUGUUGAAGAUCAUGUCAUGCUUCGUGAUUUAGAUUUACAGCUUGCAGAUUUUGCAUUAAUGAAUAUUAUGAUCGCUGUACCGGAAUACUAUGCAUACUUUUACGACUUAGACGAAGCGAUACAUAUCCAAAGAGCUAUGCAAGAUGAAAUAAGUAGUAAAUUAGGGAUUGCUGUUCCUGAAGUUCCUGACCAAAAUUUUGGAGAGUUAGUUUUGACACAACUUGGAGAAGAAAGAAGACGUUUUACUAAAAGAGCUUUACAAUUAUUGAUUAUAGAUGCAUUAGGGAAAGUACAGGAGUUCUCAGUAUUAGUGAUGUGUCGUUUAAUAGCAUUGUUCAUGAGUACAAAAUUCCCGACAUCAUUUAUAAAAAAUAUUAAGAUUGGCAAAAAAAAUACAUGUUUCAUACAGGAUGAUAUUUCAGCAUAUAAAAUAUACAGAGACAUUAACGGCAAAUGGUGGCAAGUAAACGUCAACGACAUUGAGAAUAAACUAAAUUCACUUGAGGGACAGCUAGUUACUCUUAGUUAACUCAUUCAAAACGAUAUAGUACUAUUAUUAUUAUAUUACAAUAGUAUUAGCAUUUUGAACUAAUAUUUAUUAAUUAUUUCAAUGUAUUUCAUUAAACAGUUUUACUCAAGAUUAUAUUCACAUUUGUUCGCUUAUUAAAUUGGAAGCAGUUUUAAAAAUAAUAAAUCACUUAUCCUUUGAAA